CGCUCUGGCGGAGGCCCCAGCCCUUUCAAUUGUCCUAUGGGCCCGCCGCCCCAUUAGACCGCCCCCCUUCAGCUCCAGCCCUCCGGUGCCCCCGCCAGAUCCACGCCUACUCGCGUCCACAGCCAGGGAGUGGGUGUGCCCGCCCCGGCCUAGCCCGCUCACCUCAGGGACUACAUUUCCCAGCUGCCCCAGCGCGUCCCGACCCGUGCCCCAUCAGCUGACGGAGUCGCCUGACUCGAGCGGCACUCCCCGGCCCGGGCAGGGUCCCCAGUCACACCCGCUGCCCACCAGAGUCCGGCGGGGAAUGAGUGUCCUGUCUGCACGUGCGGAAGGAACCUUCGUCCCAGCCCUGGAAGGGGUCAGCCCCGCUGCCUCCACCCUUCCUGUGACUGACUACCAGCCCUGGCGCCCACCCCCUUCUUUAGUCUCUGAUCGCUUAUCUCCCCAGGGAUCUCGAGCGGGGGGUCAGUGCUGCAGCGAGAGCGGAGGCAAAAUGUCCCCGGAAUCCAAAAAGCUGUUCAACAUCGUUAUUUUAGGCGUUGCCUUUAUGUUUAUGUUCACUGCCUUUCAAACUUGUGGAAAUGUGGCGCAAACUGUUAUCAGAAGCUUAAAUAGCACAGAUUUUCAUGGCAGUGGAUAUACCAGCAUGGCAAUUAUUUAUGGAGUGCUGUCUGCUUCAAAUUUGAUUACACCUUCAGUUGUAGCCAUAGUGGGACCUCAGCUAUCUAUGUUUGCUAGUGGUUUAUUUUAUAGCAUAUACAUUGCCGUUUUUAUCCAGCCUUUCACAUGGUCCUUCUACACAGCAUCUGUUUUCAUUGGGAUUGCAGCUGCUGUACUUUGGACAGCACAAGGAAAUUGCCUUACAAUAAAUUCAGAUGAAAAUACUAUUGGAAGAAACAGUGGAAUUUUCUGGGCACUCCUGCAGUCCAGCAUGUUUUUUGGAAAUCUUUAUAUUUAUUUGGCUUGGCAAGGAAAAACUCAAAUAUCAGAGAAUGACCGAAGAACAGUUUUUAUUGCUCUGACGGUGAUUAGCCUUGUGGGGACAGUUCUUUUCUUUCUCAUUAGGAAACCAGACCCUGAUAAUGUAUUGGGAGAUGAUGAGUCCUCUGAUAAUGAGAGUCUGGAAGUCAACAUGUCUAUCCAGAACAACAUGACAAAGGCAGUAGAUGCAUUUAAAAAAUCUCUUACAUUAUGUGUCACCAAAGAAAUCCUGUUUCUCAGUGUUACAACUGCCUAUACAGGCUUGGAAUUAACCUUCUUCUCUGGUGUAUAUGGAACCUGUAUUGGUGCUGUAAAUCAGUUUGGCACAGAAGAAAAAAGCCUUAUUGGACUUUCUGGCAUUUUCAUCGGCAUUGGAGAAAUUUUAGGUGGAAGUCUCUUUGGCUUAUUAAGCAAGAACAGUCGUUUGGGCAGGAACCCAGUUGUGCUGUUGGGCAUUUUUGUGCAUUUUGUAGCUUUUUAUUUAAUUUUUCUUAACAUUCCCAGUGAUGCCCCAGUUGCUCCUAUUGAAGGAACUGAUAGCAAUGCUUAUAUCAAUUCAAGCAAAGAGAUUGCCCUACUUUGCAGCUUUCUGUUGGGUCUUGGAGACAGCUGCUUUAACACCCAACUAAUUAGCAUUUUGGGUUUCCUUUAUUCAGAAGAUAGUGCACCUGCCUUUGCAAUAUUCAAGUUUGUUCAGUCCAUCUGUGCAGCAGUGGCAUUUUUCUAUAGCAACUACCUUCUACUUCAUUGGCAACUUCUGGUCAUGGUGAUAUUUGGCUUUUUUGGAACUCUUUCCUUCUUCACUGUGGAAUGGGAAGCAGCUGAUUUUGUAGCUCGAGGCUCGGAGUACAGAAGCAUUUGAUCUCACGUUUAAAGCAUUUUUGUUUAAAAAACUUGGCAAAGUGGGAAGAAAUUCAUGGUUGCAGAAUUUUGGAUGAAGAAGCCACAGUCAACUUAAACAGUAUAAUGGAUGGUGUCAACCAGUAUGGAAAAAAGGACUCUCAGCCAAAGUUGGUCAAGUUUACAGACGUAGGAUAUUUAAAGGAUGAAAUAAUGAGACAUUAUUUGAACAGUUUUUGUUGGAUAUAAUUCUAUUUCACUCUUAUAGUUGGGUUAUAAAAUAUUAAUAUUGUUCCUCUCACUCCUGUUCUUAUUUGAGGAUCCAUCUUAGCUGUUGAAUUUGUAUCUUUUAAAGAUUCCUGCUGUGCAUGGAGUAUGUUUUUUUAUUAUGCAGUAUUGAAAAAUAGCUAUAACAUAUGGCCAUAUGUAUGUAAAAAUUAAAUUUAAAGUUUAUGGGACAGGCUCAAAUGUAAAUCUCAACUUUCAAAAGCUUUAUACUUUAACUUCUAUUAAACAUUUUGCUCACUAAUCCCUUUUUCAAAUUACAGUUUAUAGUUGAGGCUUAACUUUAAAAAUCAAAGCAAAGGAAAAUUAUUACAAAGUUACAGAUUGUAAGGAGGCUUUAAAAAAUGUUAAGCUAAGUGAUAUAAUGAACAAAAACAUAGCAGCUAAGCUAGAAGCUUGCCUAUAGUUCUCCUGGAAGAUGUUAUACAAAAUGUCCAUUAUGUGCUAGUAAAAUUAGUCCUCUAGUCCUAGAUUGCCAUGGUCAAUGAGAAAAAUAACUUAUUCAAAAUUAUUCCUUAUUUUCUUCAAUUAAAAUGGCAGCGAUGUCCACAGGUCUUUGAGAGAGUAAUUUCAAUAUUGAGGGAGGUGCUUAAGUGGAAAUCUUAACUGUCUCCCCAUAUUUAUUUUUAAAUAGAAUAUUUAAUGUUCAGAUUGAUAAUUUUUAUUGUGAAGUUAUCAGCCACAGGCAGGAAGGCAGAGGUGGGGAAAACCUGCAUUUAAUUAGGAUUUAAAAUUCAAAUAUUUUAAAGUAUGUACUAUAUUUAAGGCACUAGUAAACACUAGAAUCAGGAAAAUUGAUUUAAAAGUACUGAAUUAUCCCUUUUUUGCUAUAUUAAUAAGUCUGUAAAAGUCUCUAUGGCCUCUUACUGGAUUAGAUUAAGUACAAUUAACAAACAUAAAGGAUGUUAAUAAUUGCUAAGUGCAGUUUCAGAGGUAGCAUGAAAUAAGAUACACUGACCAUGUUGUUAUUUACCUAGGUCUUAAAGUUAUCUAUAAUUAAGAUAAAAAAUGUCUCCAAUAUAUUUCCUCAGACCACUUAAUGUCCCAGACCUUUCCCUUGUCCUUUUGUUUCCAGUGAUUCUUCACAGCUCUAGAAUAAAAAUGCUGAGUAGCAUUUUUAUGAAAUUUGGGGGAAUAUGAUUCAACCAAGAUAUUAUAGUAUUCCAUCAUCAUCUAUAGAUUGCUAGUAGUGUUGUUAAGAAAGGAAUAAAAGUGAAGGUAUUUAACUGAAUUUAUUAGAAACUUGAGUUUUCCCUGACUGCCAUUGAUGUAAUUUUGUACUUAGUUUUCAAAUCUGUAAAUGAGGAUAGUGACCUUAAAGAUUUGCACAAUGGAUCUUUGGAUGAGAGGUGGGGAUUACUACUAUUUAAAUUUUAGUUAAAUAUGAAGUAUGGUUAAUAAAGUAUUGAAAAAGC